CUUUUGAAAAAAAAUGUCGUGUCGUGUCAUUGUCUGCUGAAUAGACGUCAAAGUUAAAUUCGUCGAUUAUUUAAUUACUGAAAAACCACCCAACUUUCCGCUUUACAGGGAAAUCUGUUAAUUGUAAAACUUUAAUAUCAGUACAAACAACCUCAACCAUGCCACGUGGAAAGUAUACCAACCACAAGGGACGUAACCGUAAGUUUACCAGCCCUGAGGAAUUAGAAGAGCAGAGGAAGCAAGAGGAACUGAAAAAAAAAUGGAGAAAGGAACAUGGAGAUGAAAGCUCAAGUGAAGAAGAAUCUGAAGGAAAUAAAUCUGGCUCAGAUGACAGCGAUGACAGUGAGUCUGAUGAAGAUCAUCCAACUAAAGCAAAGGGUGUCUCGGGCCUCAUUGAAGUAGAAAAUCCCAAUCGAGUAGUUAAGAAGAAUAAAAAGUUAUCCAAUUUAAAUACAAUCACGGAAGGAGAGAAACCUCAGCUUUCAAGGCGUGAGCGAGAAGAAAUUGAAAGGCAACGGGCAGCAGCGGCUUACCAGAAAGCGCAUGCGGAGGGUAAAACUGACCAGGCCCGAGCGGACCUCGCGCGACUCGCCAUCAUCCGGCAGCAGAGAGAAGAGGCGGCCAAGCGACGCGAGACGGAGAAGACUGCUAAAGAAGCGACGACGAAGAAAAAGUAAAUAAAUACUCACCAUUAGUUGACAGGAUUACCAUCAUUUUGUUCAUUCGGCGGCGGCUUUCGAAUUCUUAGAUCCUUUACCUAAAUUGUGAUACCUAUUUAAUUUCAAAAUUUUAGCAUCGACAACCAAAAAAUUUGCAGAUAUACCAAUUUUUAACUAGAUAGAUAAAAUAAACACUCUGUCCAAUUAAUUGACUGCCAUUUUCUACCAAAUUUGGUAGAAAUUGAUAUUACUUUAAAAUACUACUAUUUUUUAGCAGAUUAUUUAUUAUGAAUUGACUAUGGCGCCGAUUAUGUCAAUUUUGGUAGAUUUUCUACUGCACAAUAAUUAUAAUUGUUGGGAUAAUUCAUUUCAAAUCUAUUUGUGUUUUAUACGUAUGCGUAAAAAAUUGAAUGAAAUAUUGAAACAGGAAAUAUUGAAAACAUUGUUUCUACUAAUAUUAUAAGUUUGUUGUGUUACUUAGACAGCAACAAACGGGAAGAAAGUGUGCAAUUUAGUACAUACCUACAUUUCUAUUUUUUAAAUAAUAUCUAGCUA